AUGGCCUCGGAUAACGGUCCUAUUGCGACCGAAGCCCCUCUCCUGGCAGCGACGACGCCUGUCGCAUCGGACGUUUUCGCGCUUGGAGGAGAUCCUGCUCGCACCAAGUCGCUCAAGAGGGCGCGCGAAUCCACCCCAACAUCGCCAACGUCUGUCAUUGAUCCCGUUGUCGACGGCGCUGUUCCCGCCGCCGUUCCCUCCGCCGACUAUCCCUCUCCCACGAAAUCCGCUCGCUUUGCCUUGGCGUCGUCACGCCGCUCACCGACGCCGUUGACAGCUGCGGCCGCCCUCGAGGCUCUCGAAGAAGAACGUAAGCGCGAACAGCGCCUGAACCCGCCCGCGUCAAGCGACAACCCUGGCCAUUCGGUUCUGUCUGUCCUCGCUGGCAGUGUUGCUGCCAUGAGUCGAGCCGACGACGCGCCGCAAGCUCCCACGGCUUCCAUGGAAGCCUCUACAAAGGCGCCCGAGGCUGUGAUACUGCCACAGGCCAACAAUGCACCAGCAGAUGCUCCAGAGAUGAGCUCGCAGGGCGCGACGAACUCAGCCGGCAUAUCGGGCGCCCUUGUGACGGCUAGCCCGGGCCCAAUGGACGUUGAUCCCAAGAGCAAUGAGCAACAUAUGCAACAGCAGCCACAGCACCAGCACCAGCCCCAGCCCCAGCCCCAGCAUCAGCCCGAGCAUCAGCCAGACCAUCAACCAGAGCACCAGCCAGAGCACGCGCCCGAUCAUCAGCCAGAGCUCCACUCAGACCAUCAACCAGACCAUCAACCAGAGCUCCAGCCAGACCAUCAAUCGGAGCAUCAGCCCCAGCCCCAGCCCCAGCCGCCGCACCCGGCCCCGGUUCACGAUGACAAGAACACGCCCGGAUCGCUGUCGUACCCAGGGUCGCUUCAAGCCGCUGCCAUGAUGCCCGCACCACCAGUACGCGGCAUGAGCUUUCCCAUGCCGUCCCCAGGCCACGACUCUCCUACCCAGUCGGGCAAGAAGCACAAGUGCCCGUUCUGCGAGACCGAGUUCACACGUCAUCACAACCUCAAGAGCCAUCUGCUCACGCACAGCCAGGAGAAGCCUUACAUAUGCCAAGAGUGCAACAUGCGGUUCCGACGUCUUCACGACUUGAAGCGUCACAGCAAACUUCACACUGGCGAGAAGCCUCACGUGUGCCCCAAGUGCGAUCGCAAGUUUGCUCGGGGCGAUGCGUUGGCCCGACACAGCAAAGGUGCUGGUGGUUGUGCUGGCCGCCGGUCCAGCAUGGGCAGCUUUGCCGAGACGGAUGACAUGGAUGGCCCAAGCAUGCACGACGGCGAUGACUCUAUGGCUGGCAUAGUUUAUGGCAACGAGGAAGACAUGACAGAAGAGGAGAGACGUCUGAGCCUACCGAGCAUCAAAGCUCAGCAUGUCGCGGGAGGGCAAGGCAGCAUGGACGGAUACAACGCUCAUUCCAGGACCUACCCGCCAGCGGGCCCUCGACCUGGGACAGGCGGGCUUUACCCGCCAAAUGUUGAUCGUGGCGUGGCGAGUUCAAACACAUCUCCGAGCAUGCCCAACAGCAUUGCCGGGGCCCACACGCCCAAUACAAGCGUCUCUUCAGUGCCCGUGAGCGGCGCUUCCGUCUAUUCACAAAGCGGCAUGACAGAGAGCCCGAAGCCCCUGAGCCCUGGACACGAUACAAACAACAUUGCCAGACAACGUUCGCCGAGUCUUACCCAGCAGUUCCAGCAGCAGCACUACGGCCGCAGGCCUUCAGAUAGGCACACCCCGCCAGCAUUUGCUGCUCCUACAACACAAUCCGGCGCGGCACCGGUGGGGGCCGCUCAUGCCCGAGGCUCAAGCGGAACGCAACCCGGAAGUGGGGCCGAAAACGGUGGCAACAUGUUUGCAACUGACCCUGGUGUUUGGGCGUACAUCCAGAGCCUCGAAGACAAGGUCAAGCAGCUGUCAGACAAGGUCACGGCGUUUGAGAAAGCAGAGAGUGCGAAGCAGGCACAGAUCGGACUGCUCACGAGUGAAGUCACCGGGCUGAAGAAACAGCUAGAGGCCCGUGACGGCGAAACGACGGAGGUCAAAGCAUGA